AUGCCCGAGUUAAAUGUUGGGAUCUGUGGUGCUGGCAUCGGCGGUCUGGCGGCAGCCAUUGCCAUCAGGAAAGCCGGUGCGAAGGUGACGGUCCUGGAAGCUGCUCCGGAACUGGGCGAGAUUGGUGCUGGCAUUCAAAUGACGCCGAAUGUGGCCAGACUACUCAUGAAAUGGGGCGUGGACAAGGUGAUCGGCGAUGAUCUCGUGGAAUUCGAGGAGCUGAACAUGAGGAGGAAAGACGGCACCUUGAUUGGGUAUACGAAGACGAUACCAAAUGUCCGCAAGUACGCUUUUGAUCUCACCAGAACCGCAAGCAUAGUAUAUGCUAACAUCUCUGAGCUAUUUGGGUGGUUUCACCGAAUGCAUCUUCACGCCGGUCUGGCAGAGGUGGCUCGUCGCGAGGGCGCCAAUCUCGUUAUCGAUGCCCGGGUAGAGAAAAUCGACUGGACCUCGUCUCCUUCCAAUAAAGUUACAGUCACCACGGCUAAGGGUCAAUCAUGGAUAUUCGACCUACUCAUUGGCGCGGACGGAGUACGUUCCACCGUCCGUCAAGCCCUCAUGCCUCACGUCAAGCCCGCGCCUCCCACUGGGAACUGUGCAUAUCGAGCCCUUGUCCCCUAUGACGAGAUCCGGCGUGAUCCAAUCGCCAAAGAACUCAUCGAGAAACUCACCAUGGAAGUCUGGAUGGCCGACAAGUCGUACAUCAUCUCCUAUCCCAUCUCUGGCGGCAAGCAGUUCAAUAUGGUUUUGAGCCACCACGUGGACCACCUCGUCGACGAUGUCCAGGAUGUUGACAUGGAGAAGGACUUCCGACAGACCUACAAGGACUACGAUCCGAGGAUCAAGAGGAUUGUCGACAUGGUGACCUCUGCCAGGAGGUGGCCCUUGUUGGUUACGGGGCCAUUGGAGAGCUGGUCGAGCAAGGAGAAGAAUAUCGUGCUGAUGGGCGAUGCGGCGCACUCCAUGACCAACCAUAUGGCGCAGGGCGCUGCGACUUCAAUGGAGGACGGCGCCUUCCUGGCUCGGACACUGGCGAGAGUUGUGGAGGACAAAAUCACCAUCGCCCAAGCCAUCGAAAUCUACGAGAAGACGCGAAUGCCCAAAGCGUACUACAAGCAGCAAGUGUCUUUUAUCAAUGGCGCCAUUUGGCAGGUGCCAGAUGGUCCGAUCCAAGAGGCACGAGAUAAAGCUAUGGCCCCAGAAUUGAAGGGCGAGCAAUUCAUGCGCUCGCCGAAUCUGUACGGAGAUCCAGUGACAACAUUGAGUGUGUACAACUACGACGCAGAAGAAGACGCGGAGAUCGCUAUCAGGGCAUUUCUUGGGAAAUGCGAGCCGUACGAUGUCAAGACCGGCGUGACCGAUCGAGAGUUGGAGCGGUUUGUCGGAUGGUGGUGGCCGAAGGACAAAAUUCCGCUGAGAGCUUCAAAACUGUGACGGGGAGGGUGCGGUAUAAUGGCAACUGCGAAAGAUUUCCUCUCGUUCUCUUCUCGACUUGCGUCAAUCUGCGAAUAUAGACUGGGACAGGGGUGCGGCAUAGAAACAAAGAGGCAUCCUGCUUUGUGUCUCGCGUGUCAAGCAUGGAUGCAGCUGAGAUGUUGCAACAAAGGAGGGGAUGAAUGAUCAACGACAGCGAGACAGGUGCCUUGACUGAAUUGUCACCUUUGUUUAAGACACGGAAGUCCAUGUGCGGGUGU